CCCGGGCGGCGGCGGCGGCGGUCCGGGCUCCGACUCCACGUACGCCCAUGGCAACAGUUUCCAGGAGACGGGAGGCGGUCACCAUAGAGACGGGAUGCUGUACCUGGGCGCCAGGGCCUCGCUGGCCGACGCGCUGCCCCUUCACAUCGCGCCGCGGUGGUUCAGCUCGCACAGCGGUUUCAAGUGCCCCAUUUGCUCCAAAUCUGUGGCUUCUGACGAGAUGGAAAUGCACUUUAUCAUGUGUCUGAGCAAACCUCGCCUCUCCUACAACGAUGAUGUGCUGACCAAGGACGCCGGCGAGUGCGUGAUCUGCCUGGAGGAGCUGCUGCAGGGGGACACGAUAGCCAGGCUGCCCCGCCUCUGCAUUUAUCACAAAAGCUGUAUAGACUCAUGGUUUGAAGUGAACAGAUCUUGCCCAGAGCAUCCUUCUGAUUGACCCGCCGAGCGUGCUUGCUGACUUCUCUCUAAGACUCAAAACAAAAAGAAAACAUCCAGGAGACGACAGUGUGAGAAAAGCGGAGCGACCUGCUCUCCCCUCCACAGCCGCUGGUCACCAGGAGAGCUCUGCCUGCCAGGGAGGCCCCGGGGACGCCCUCGGCCGAAACCCUGCCAUGAUGUUUGGCUUUUCUCCCCGCACCGAAAGGGGAAAGCUGCCGGGGGACAGCCGGCCAAACGGAGCACGCGGCGUUUCUCACCGGCAACCCCCACCUCCCACCCGGACUCGCCCGGGGGCUCUGCUCGGUUUUUUUGCACUGACUAAACGGGAAAUUUCUCCUCUCUCCCAUCUCCCUUUUGGAGAUCUCCACCCCGGCCCCGGCAGCGUUGAGAUGGGGACUCUGCCCCACGCCGGGAGCGGGGCCACUGCUCCCCCCUGCUGAGUCGCAGGGGUCCGUCUUUCAAGUGUUUACAAUGAGAAAAAAAAAG